CGUCCUCCCCGCCUGUUGUUUCAUUUGCGCCAUUUUGUCCGCUCACUUAGGUGAUUGGGCUUCAGCGCGCUGUUCUGGAGCCAAUCAGAGGGGAACCGGACAGCAACUCCACGGUCCAGUUUUGUUGGCACGGACAAGCAUCAAGUCACUAUGGAGCAGUACACCACUGCCACCACCACCACUGGAGAGCAGAUAGUAGUGCAGACGGCUAAUGGGCAGAUCCAACAGCAGACUCAGGGCACAGUGACGGCUGUGCAGCUGCAGACAGAGGCGCCAGUGGUGACGGCCUCAGGCCAGCAAGUGCAGACACUCCAGGUAGUCCAGGGUCAGCCGCUGAUGGUUCAAGUCAGUGGAGGACAACUCAUCACAUCUUCAGGACAACCCAUCAUGGUGCAGGCCAUGUCAGGAGGUCAAGGUCAAACCAUCAUGCAGGUUCCUGUGUCGGGAUCUCAAGGACUUCAGCAGAUCCAGCUGGUGCAGCCCGGUCAGAUCCAGUUGCAGGGGGGUCAGACUCUUCAGCUCCAGGGCCAGCAGGGUCAGCCCCAGCAAAUCAUCAUCCAACAGCCACAGACCGCCAUCACAGCGGGACAGAACCAGGGGCAGCAGAUCAGUGUCCAGGGGCAGCAGGUGGCUCAGACAGCUGAUGGGCAGACCAUUGUUUAUCAGCCUGUUAAUGCAGAUGGAACUGUGCUCCAACAAGGAAUGAUCACAAUUCCUGCCGCCAGCUUGGCAGGAGCUCAGAUUGUCCAGGCUGGAGGUGCCAACACAAAUACAACGAAUAGCGGCCAAGGCACUGUGACCGUAACCCUGCCAGUCUCUGGGAACAUGGUCAAUGCAGGUGGAAUGGUCAUGGUAAGACCUUGUUCAGAGAUGGUGCCUGGAACUGGCGGAGUUCCCACAAUGCAGCGUAUCCCACUGCCUGGUGCCGAGAUGCUGGAGGAGGAGCCACUUUACGUCAAUGCCAAACAGUACCAUCGUAUAUUGAAGCGAAGGCAAGCCAGAGCCAAACUGGAGGCGGAGGGCAAGAUUCCCAAAGAAAGAAGGAAAUAUCUUCAUGAGUCUCGCCACCGUCACGCAAUGCAGCGCAAACGUGGGGAUGGUGGACGAUUCUUUUCACCGAAGGAAAAGGAGGAAAUGGCUCUGGCCUUAGCCCAGCAGCAGCAGCAGGAAGCAGCUGACGAUACAGUGGCGCAGAUGAUCCGAGUGUCGUAGCAGUAUCAGCAUGACCCUCGGCUGUAUCUAUGAACUCUGCAUCAGGCAUUGGUCCACCAUCAUAAGUACCUGUCUGGGUUCCUCAUGGCUCAUUUACAAUUUCGUCAACUCCACUUCAUUGUCUUGUGUUAUGUUAUCCAAAGGGGACAAUGCAGCAGAUCUGCCUCUGGACUCACAUGGGCCUUUUUAUUGGAGGAUCUUCCUGGUUUUUGUAUUUUGCCAUGCUUUUUUUUUUUUUUUUACUACCUGAGCAGCAAUUAACUUCAUAUGAAAUGAAACAGUGAGGAAGGUCAUAGUGCUGCUUUUUUUCAAAAGACAAACAGCAAAAUCAAUUGUACUUUUUAAUGUUGUGUUUGCUUUUUGCCAUGAACAGUUUUGGGGGGGAUGUGGUAGCUAUAACUACAACAGACCCAUAAAAUGUGUUUGACAUUAUUGUAUAGAAAUGUUUGUCUUCCUCAGUGUGAUGUCUUUUUGAAUACAUUUUGUACAGUAUCUUGGUUAGGAUUAAUCUGUUGCUUUUCGUCCACCUGUAAAUCUGAAGUUUCACAUAUGAACUUUCAUAGUAGAACUACAGACAUGGCAACAUGACUGGGAUUAAACAGUAACUUGUGA